AUGUCUACAACACCACCAGCUCAAACUGAAUCAGUUGUUCCAGGUCUUUCAACGCCACAUUUAAAUAAUUCAGAAUCAAAUCCUGAACAAGAUAUAGCCAACACAUCAACAACUGAGAAAAAGCCAACGAUUUUCGAUAUAACUCAUGAUAUAGAACAACAGCUAAAUAAAUCUUUGGAGUCGCUAGAAAAGAAUCAGAAAGAAAUGAAUGAUAAAAUUGAUUCAAUUAUGCAAAAAGUUACAAAUUUACAACAAAAAUCUAAUUGA